AUGGAUUUUUUUAAAAGCGGCCUUAAAACUGUUCUUGGUGCGCCAGAACCUGGCCAUCAGCCCUCGGGAGCUGAAACGGUGGAACGUCUGGUUGAUCGUGUAAACAACUCCACACUCUUGGAAGACCGUAGAGAUGCUUGUAGAGCCUUAAAAGCAAUGUCAAGAAAAUAUAGAGUAGAAGUGGGGGCUCAGGGAAUGGAAACCUUAAAACAGGUGUUGGAGUUGGACAGAGCUGAUAGUGAAACAAUAAACUACGCUUUAGACACACUCAAUAAUAUUAUGUCGCCAUCACAAUUCGAGGAGGAAGAGGACAAUCCUCAAGUGCCGAUGAAUAUUGGUGAACAGUUCACAGAAAUGUUUAUAAAGGAUCAUCACAAUAUACAACUCGUCCUAGACCUUCUAGAUGAGUAUGAUUUUAGGGUAAGACUGUCAGCUGUCCAAUUAUUAACCUCGUUGUUGACAAAUAGGCCUAAAGAUAUACAAGAGAUAAUUCUUGUUAAACCAAUGGGAGUUUCAAAAAUGAUGGACCUUCUAAGUGACACCAGAGAAGUAAUACGUAAUGAAACACUUCUCCUCUUAAUAAAGUUAACAAAAGGAAAUGCCAACAUACAGAAGAUAGUGGCCUUUGAAAAUGCAUUUGAUAGGUUAUUUGAAAUUGUGUCUAGUGAAGGUUUUUCAGAUGGUGGAAUAAUUGUGGAAGACUGCUUACUUUUAAUGUUAAAUCUACUUAAAAACAAUAGUAGUAAUAUUAACUUUUUCAAAGAAGGAAGCUAUAUACAGAAGAUGUUACCAAUGUUUAACACUCCUGAGGAUACAGAGGACCCUGGAUGGUCACCACAGAAGGUUUCAAAUGUCCAUUGCAUGCUGCACAUAGUGCGUACACUGGUAUCGCCAAGUAAUUCAGCACAAAUUGUGUUGGAUUGUCAAAGGAUAAUGAAGAAUGUUGGUUUACUAGAUUCUCUAUGCAACAUAUUAAUGGCAAGCGGUGUUCCUGCUGAUAUACUGACGGAGACUAUCAACACAGUUGGCGAAGUGGUUCGAGGAAAUGUGGGCAACCAGGACUUUAUCGGAAAUGUUAUGGCUCCGUCAAAUCCACCGCGCCCAGCAAUCGUCGUCCUACUUAUGUCCAUGGUUAAUGAAAAACAGCCUUUCUCCUUAAGGUGUGCUGUUCUCUACUGCUUCCAGUGCUACCUUUACCACAAUGAAAUGAGCCAAGCAAAUUUAGUACAAACUCUGCUACCUUCAUCGACUGAUGUAUCCAGCCUUACUAGUGGACAGCUCCUCUGUGGGGGACUAUUCUCAUCCGACGUGCUCUCUAACUGGUUCUCUGCAGUGUCGUUGAUGCACGCGCUGAUCGAUAAUCCAAUACAGAAAGAGCAGUUAUUAAGGGUUUUGCUAGCUACCAAUAUUGGAAGUUCACCAGUUUCUCUGCUGCACCAGUGUACUUUGCUGCUGCAGCAAACUACAAAGUUGCAGACAAAGGUGGCGCUGUUAAUGCUGUUAUCGCAGUGGAUGAGUGAGUGUCCUGCUGCAGUGAGCGCGUUCCUGCGAGUUCCUGGCGGUGUGGGCUACCUUGUCAACCAGACUUGCUCCAACGAACACGACGAGAAUGAAUACUUAUUACAAGGACUAUCAGCAUUUUUGCUAGCUAUAUGCAUCCACUUCAACGACGAUUCCGUUGAGAACUAUUCAAAAGAUUCCCUAAAGCAGUUAUUAGUGAAAAGAAUAGGGAUGGAAACAUUCACAGCAAAGUUGAGCGAGGUGUCGAAGCACGAGUUGUACAAUAAGGCGGCGAAGCAUCCGCAGUUGAGGGCAAAGAUACCCGCCGAGGUUCUAAUUGAUUACGAAUUUUGCAGGCUGUUCAAGGUUUUGGAAAGUGUCCUCGUGAAGAGUUUCAUUGUAAAAGAGGAAGCUAGUCCAGAGGAAGCUGGGGAACGGUCAUCCCCAGGUGGAGCUGCACUGGAACAGUACAAGGCGUUGAUCCGACAGCAGGACGCCAGACUGCAGGAGCUGGUGGCACAGCUGGACGCACUGUUGCAGCAGAACCAAUCUCUGCAGAGUGCCUUGAAUGAUUCCCUAGCAUCUAACUCCCAUCUAAAAGACGAGAACACACUGCUAAAAGCCCAAGUGUCUGCUGCCAAAUGUGUGCCAAGCACUGACACCACACCUAGUCAAGACAAUGCCAGAGCAAGUGAAUACGAAGCCAGGAUACAACAGCUCACUGCAGAAGUUACAAGGCUAAACGAUCUGUUGAGAACUAGUCAAGAAGAGAAGAAGAGUGCAGCGGAAGAAUUGGAGAAAUUGAGAAAUGAUCAAGAUGAUUUACUAGUACUUCUUUCGGAUUUGGAUAUGAAAGUAAAUGAAUACAAAAUGCGAUUGGUAUCAUUAGGAGAGAAGGUGGAAGACGAGAAUCCUGAAGUGCCAGAACCGAACCUCACGUAG